AUGUCCUGGUUACUGAAUUCGCUCGUCGGCAGUCCGCGAGCCGGCGACGACGACGACGACGACCUCGACGAGGAGAACGACGACGCUCUUCUUCCCGUCGCCGGCUCCUCCGGCAAUCCCGACAGCCCCGACAGCGCAGCGCGCGACGCGGCGGCGGCGGCGGGGGUGCGCGACGACCUCACGGAGCUGCAGCAGUCGCUCACCAAGCACUGGCGCGGCGUCGCUUCCUUCCUCACGGGCGAACCCCGCUGGGCUCCCUCCGCUUCCCCGCCCGCCGCUUCCGCCUCCGCUUCCGCUUCCGCCACCGCCUCCGCCGACGACGCGGCGUCGCUAGAUCCGCCUGCGCUGCUGUCGCCUGAGGAGACGGCGGGGCUGUCGCGCGACGAGGAGGACAUUAAAGCCAUCUCCAGCACCCUCGCCACCGGCAUCACGGGCGUCGGCCGCCUCGCGUCGCGCCUCUUCGCCGCCACCGACGCGCAGCUCGGGCGCGCGGAGGGCUCCGGCGGCGACGGAGAGCGCGCGGAGGGCGCGGGCGCGGGGAUGGCGGAGGGGGAGGAGUUCGGGGAGGCGGAGGUGGCGGUGGGCGUGACGGCGGACGUGGUGCAGUUCGCGCAGAACCUGUCGGGGCACCCCGAGACGUGGAUCGAGUUCCCGCUGCCCGACGAGGAGGACGAGGAGGAAGACUUCGAGGUGGCGGGCGAGCAGGAGGAGCACAUAGAGGCGGUGGAGGCGAGGGUGCCGCGGCUGGUGGCGCUGCGCAUGGAGCUCACCCCGCAGCACCUCAGCGAGCGCCGCUUCUGGAAGAUCUACUUCGUGCUGCUGCACUCCCGCAUCCCUCCCGCUGCGGCUGCGCGCCUCUCCACGCCUCCCAUUCUGAGAGCCAGGGACCAGGUAUUGGCAGCGCUACGCCAACAGUCUGCAGCAGGCACGGCCGGAGACUCGCCCUCCCCCUCCCCUUCCGCUGAUACUGCCCCCACCGCUGCUGCUGCUGGUGGUGGUCAAGGGACGGAAGAGGUCAAGGCAGGGAGUGCACUGCACCAGGGGGAAGCGGAUGGUAAAAAGGUUGCAGAUGAGGCGGCAGGGAGCAGUGCUGACGUGGCAGCAGCAGUGUCCAGUGUGAGGGAUGAGGAUGCGGAUGAUGAUUGGCUGGAGGAGGACAGUGGGGGGGUGCUGGGUGGUGGAGGGGGAGGGGGGGCAGUGGGAGGAGGAGCAGGAGGGGUGGAUGAUGGGGAAGAUGUGUCUUUCAGUGACUUGGAGGACGAGGAUGAGGAGGGGGAGAAGGCUAAGGUAGACGGUAGCAGGGUGCAAGCGGGAAGCAGCGAAGCAGCUGCAGCAGCGGCAGCAGCAGAAUCAGGAGCAGGUGGAGCAGGGGACGGGAGUGAUGAUCUAGAUGAUGAUCUGGAUGGAGAUUUGGAUGGUGAAUUGGAUGUUGGGGAUGACACUGAGGGGGAGAAUGCGACUGCUGUUGCUGCAGGUGAGGGGGCAAGCGCUGAUGGCGGCAGUGCUGUGCAGGGCGAGCAGGCACAAGGCCCCGCAGGGGCAGCAGACGCGGCUGAUGCUGCUGCUUCUGCUGCUCAGACUGCUGCGGCUGCUGGGGAGGCAGGGGAUAAAGACGGUGGUGCUGAGGAGGGCAAGGAGGCGGGGAAGGGAGGGGCAACGGAGGUGAGCAAGGAGGGCUCGAAGGAGGGAUCGCCUAGGGAUGUCCACGCUGACGUGGCAUCCGACGCACCCGCCAUGUCAGACCUGUCCCUCUGGAGCCACCGCUUACGCGCCGUUAGUGGCGGCGACGCGGCUACUCCCUCACUCGCGCCCGCUCCCGAUCCGACGAACCCCGUCCGUACCAGCAGGACAGACGGCUCUUCCCCGCACUGCACGGCACUACACUUCCCCGAUACAAGUCACCCCGCUUCUGGAUCUCAAGCCGUGCCCUUUCCGUCACCUCGUCACCUCUCCGCCGCCCCUCCCGCCGCCGCAUGUCCGAUUGCGGCACUGCCCGCCGACGUGCUACUGCACUGCCUCAUUCGCCUGCCGCGCGCCGAUUGGCCCAGGCUGCGCGCCGUCUGUCGCACGUGGCGUCGCCUCGUCGCCUGCCCCGACUUCCUUCGCCUGCGUCGCGCGGACGGUCGCAACGAGUCGUGGCUGUUCGCCGUCGAGUGGAUGUUCAAAGGCGGCUGUAGCGGGCAAGCUGCCGGCAAUGCCAGCGGCGGCGGCAGCAGCGGCGCCGGGGUGUGGGGCGGGCGCGGUCGUAAAGUAGGCGGGGGCACUGCGAGAGGGGUGGGAGGUAGCAGCGUCGAUCUGGGGGACAGCGGUAGGCGGGAGUGGGGGGAGGGUGGCGAUUCCGUGAGCAUAGAGGAAGCGGGGGACGAGGGGAACGAGGAUUGGGUAAGGGACGAAAAUGCGGAGGAAGCGGGGUGCGCGGGCGGCAUAGGCAGUGCAGCAGCACGGGAAGGGCGAGCGCGUGCAGCAGCACAAAACGAGGUCCCUCCGCUAGCAGCAACAGCCCAGAACCGCACCAGAUCGCGCGUGCUGCUGCUACAGCAGCACCAGCAGCAGCAGCGCACAGCCGUGAGCACCAACCAGCGCGCCCGCUCCGUGUCCCUCUCCCCGUACACCACAGCCCCCGCGGCCGCCUCAGCCUCACUCGCGCUGCUGUGGGCGUACGACCCAGCAGCGCAGCGGUGGUACAGCCACGGGUGCCUGCCACCCAUGCGCGGCAUCUGCCACUCGUCCACGCUCCUUGCCCUAGGACCCUGCCUGCUGCUGCUCGGGGGUUCCUGUAGCUCCGCCUGCUGCUCGCCGGGAGGGGGCGUUUGUGGUCCAUCGAGGGCAGUGUGGCGGUACAACGUGGUAACCGGCAAGGCGCGGCGGCUGGCGGACAUGACUUGCCCGCGGUUCAACUUCGCUGCUGCUGUGCUGCCUUCCUCCGGACGCAUUAUUGUGGCCGGCGGCACUGGCACCACCACUACCCCCACCACCACCACCACUGCUGCUGCUGCUUCUGCUGCUGGUACUGCUGCACGCACUGGACUGGGUACCGGUGGUGCCACUCACAGCAGCUGUGGCAGCAGCGGGCAGGCGAGGGAGUGGGCAGUGGGGUUUGACGAGGCCCUGCAGGCAGCAGAGCUUUACGACCCCACCACCAACCGCUGGCUGCCCCUGCCCGCCCUGCCGCACCCCACUCGCUCCGCGCAGGGCCUCGUGCUGGCAGAUGAGAGCUUCUGGGUGGUUUCCACCUCGUCCCUCGUGGCAGGGUUGGUGGCCACACGCCUGACCACAGCCGAUGGGCAGCUUGUUCUCACCAACCACGUGGCCCCCAUGUGCCACCACGUGUUGCAGUACCUGCCCCACACCAACUCCUGGCGCGACGCUGGGAAGCUUCCUGUGUGCGGGUUCCGGGGGUUUGGGGUGGUGGGAGUGAAUGGGCGUCUGCUGGUGGAGGGGGGCGUGGAGGCGGCAACAGUUGAUGGAGCAGUGGGGUUGGAUCCUGGGAGGUUCCUGCAGCGCACACCGUAUGUAAAUGCCUUCCAGCCUAGGAUGUGGGGUGUGCAGGAGGGGGGACGGGUGAUGCAUGAGCGGGGCAGUGGAAGGGGAGAGUCUGUGAGAAGCAGUGGAGGGGAUGGAAGGGGCCAUGGGGUCAGGCAAGGAGGUGAUGAAGCGCAAAGAGGUAUAGAUGGCCAUGGCGAACUGGCAGUGGAACUUCGUGCUCACCCGGCAAUGGGGCUUCUGGGGAGGGGAAUGGCUGAGAACGAGGCGAGCAGGCAGAGUGUCAGCAACCCGUACGAAGGAAACAUUGGCGGAGCAGAGGGGUCUGUGUGGGAAAGUGAAGCAGGGCAAGCGGGUAUCAGAGAGAAUGCUAGUACCAACAUGCAUGCACCUGCACAUGAGCAGCAGGGGAAUGGAAUAUCAGCACCUGGGGGUGGGCAUGGAGAUGGAGAGGGUGUGGGAGGUGCGGAAGGCAGUGCAGGUAGUGAGGUGGUGCUGCAGGAGGCAGUUUGGAGGCCUGUGCGGCCGUUUGGCAAUGCGGGUGUUCCUCGUGUGUGCCACUGGUGCGUAGUGUCCACGCUUUAG